GUUGUUGUGGGCGUGGAAGCAGGCGAGAAGACCGCAAAAGGAGGAGAAAUAACAACAGCAAUUAGAUUUUUGGCCGGCAGUAGUUGCGUCCCGUCAACCCAAAGGAACAUAUAGUUAGCCGAAACCCAGCAGCCAUGUCAUCCUCUUCCACGUCCAGCCCCACAGAUAACAGCUCCCACGGCUCGGUGGCGCUGUCCUCGUUUGGAGCUCUGAACGCUGCGUCCGGGACAAAUACCACCACCCAGAGCGGGAGUGCCCAGAAGCCGUUUUCCCUCUCUGAGCGCCUGAACUUUGAGAUCUACCGUUACUCCAGCUACUCGCCGAAUUAUCUGCCCGAAAACGUUCUCGUGGACUGCCCCAAUGAUCAGACGUCCCGCUGGUCCGCCUACACCAACAGCCCGCCGCAGUUCCUCACCCUAAAGCUGCGCCGGCCCGCCAUCGUGAAGAAAAUCAAGUUUGGCAAGUUCGAGAAGUCGCACGUCUGCAACAUCAAGAAGUUUCGCGUAUACGGCGGCUUGGAGGACGAGCACAUGGUCUUGCUGCUUGAAGGUGGCCUCAAGAACGACAACGUACCCGAAGUAUUCAAUCUGCGCUACCUUACCGAAGACGGCGCCGAAAACCUGCCAAUUCUGUACCUCAAGAUCGUGCCCCUGCUCUCCUGGGGCCCGUCGUUCAACUUCAGUAUUUGGUACGUCGAGCUGCACGGCCAGGACGAUCCCAUGUACACCAGCGCGCGCAUGAAGAGCUACAAUACGCUGCGGGAGGUGGAGAUCAUAAAGCUCUGCCUGAAGCAUUUCCGCCAGCAGGGCUACAUGAGUGCCUUCGGGGCGCUCCAGGAGCAGACGAAUGUGCAACUGGAGCACCCACUGAUAAGUGAACUGCACAAGUGUUUGGUGUUGCAGGGAGACUUUGAGAAGGCGGAACGCUUCUUAGCCGAGUGCAUUGAUGAGGGUCUCAUGGAUGAGUAUCUGUACAAGCAGGACUACAAGCAUAGCUGGCAUAUUAAGCACACCGAAAGCGAGAUCAAGCCUGGUAAUCGCGGAGGUCAUCAACUGGUGGUCGAUGCCAAAAAGCGCUUGAUAUAUCUGUACGGCGGCUGGGAUGGCUAUCAGGACCUUAGUGACCUUUGGGUGUACAACAUCGAUGAUGAUGACUGGUCGCUGGUGUGCGAGAGAUCAGAGCUGGGCAAUGGACCCACACCCCGGUCGUGUCACAAAAUGGUCUUCGAUCCCAUCAGCGAAAACGUCUUCAUGCUGGGUCGCUACCUGGACAACUCGAUCCGCACCGCGGACUACAUCAAGAGCGACUUUUAUCUGUACGACACCAGGGCUCGCAAUUGGAUGCAGAUUUGCGACGACACCAGCCAAGUGGGUGGCCCCCAGCUGGUUUACGAUCACCAGAUGUGCAUAGAUGCCGAUAAGCGCACCAUAUAUGUAUUCGGUGGCAAAAUACUGACGCCCCGCAGUGUCAACGCCACGGGAGCGAUAGAGCCCGAGUAUUCCGGCCUGUUUUCCUAUCACAUAGCAACGAAUACCUGGUCGCAGAUUCUGGUGGACUGUCACCAUGCCAGCGCCUCGCUGGCCGAUGUCAUGUCCAUAAAGUCACGGAUCACCCACUGCAUGGUGUUUCACAAUAAACACCGAAAACUUUACAUUUAUGGCGGCCAAAGGGGCAAGGAGGAUCUGGACGAGUUCCUUAGCUAUGACGUGGACACCCAGGCCAUAUCCAUACUCAACAAAGAGCAUCCCAAUCAAGGAACCACCGCUGGCAACGAGGCCAAAUUUGAACCCUCCUCGGGCUACACACUGCGUGCCACCAUCGACUGUGAACGCGACGAGAUUUAUAUAUUUUCGAGCCUGAGUAAGGUCAAGGAUCGUCGGGAUAUAGCUCAUAUUGACGCCUCCAAUGCCUUUUGGGUCUACUCCCUGCGCAGCCACAAAUGGUCGAGAAUAUAUUAUUGUCGCCACAGUGGCCAGGAUGCCAACUCCAUCAGCAGAAUGAACAUUUUGGGGGCCAGCAAGGGUGACGGGGCCUUGGAGCCUUGCCCACGCUUUGCCCAUCAGUUGGUGUACGAUGACCUGGCUAAUACUCAUUACCUGUUUGGUGGGAAUCCCGGAUUUUUCCAGCAACAGCAGCUAAGACUAGAUGAUUUUUGGGUGCUGCGUUUGGAGAAACCCAAACGCGAGGAGAUCCUGAAGCAUUGCCGUUUUUUGGUGCGCAAGCUGCGCUACGAGGAGAUGACGCGCCUGGAUCCCCUGAAGGCCAUGCAGUAUUUGCGUCAUCACAUAGCCGCUGUCAUUGAUCACAGCGAUGCUGAGCAAUUGAAUAAUUUCCACAAACUAGCUUCCUUGCUCUUCAAAAGCCAUGACAACAGCCUGGAAAGGGAGUGUACCACCCCAGCCCUGUGCGAUGAACAUGCUGAAGAACUCGAAACGGAUGCCGAUGUUUCAGCCAAGAUGAAAGACGAAGUGGCAGCUAUUCCCGAGAAUAUUUCACUGGAAUCGAACGAAAGUUUGGCCUCGUCGGGAAUUUCCGAAACUGCUUCCAGUCCCAGCUCCUCGUCGUCGUGCACCAAGCGGGCGCGCACAGAGUGCAGCCCGGAGGUGAAGAACAAAAGAGCUUUCCUGUUCAACAAGCUGGUGCAACUGAUGCCACCGACCAUGGUCCAGCCGGAACGCAACCUCAGCGACUUUGUAGUCAUAUAAAAAAGCAAAGCCCAAGUGCCAAAUCAUCCCCGAUUCUAGUUAGGUAAUCGAAUGCGUGAGAAGGGUAAUCGUUUCGUUUGCUUAUUUGCCACUUAUUAGGUUCUAUGGCCACCAAUGCAAAGCAUGACAGAAAUAUGAUUUCAUUGUGAUAGUUAAUUUGUACUGAAAUAGGGCAGGGAGUGUGGAAACGAGUUUGUUUAAAGCAUAAGUUUGAAAAUAAAUAAUUAUAAUAAAGAGUUUUGUAACGUCCAAACACGA